AUGACCACCUCUUCCUCCUCUACCCUACCAGGGGUCAAACACAAAGUGAUAGGCCUCGUAUCAGGUGGUAAAGAUAGCUGUUUCAAUCUCAUGCACUGCGUAGCAAAUGGUCAUGAGAUAGUCGCUUUGGCUACUCUCACACCGGAACCUGGAGUAGACGAACUUGAUUCACAUCUAUAUCAAUCUGUCGGUACCCACCUGUUGCCUCUCAUUGCGGAAUCGAUGAAUUUACCGUUAUAUACUAGAAUAAUCAAGGGCAAAGCCGUGUCGAAAGGCGCUGAAUAUGGAAGCAGGCUUCAGGGAGGUGAAGGAUCAGGUGAGAAGGGCGAUGAGACUGAGGAUCUGACUGAGAUGUUGAAAGAGGUCAUGUCUGCACAUCCCGAAGCUACUGCUUUAUCGUCCGGAGCCAUCCUGUCGACAUACCAGCGUCUACGUAUAGAGCACGUAUGCUCCCGUCUUAACCUCGUCUCUCUAGCCUACUUAUGGCAAUCCCAGCAGAUGCCACUGUUGAAUAAGAUGUUGAGCUGCGAGAUGGAAGUGGUCUUGGUGAAAGUUGCUGGUGUAGGAUUGGGCACGAAAGUCGUAAGGAAGACAUUAGGGGAAAUCAUGCCUUUGUUGACUAGACUCGAACAAACCUAUGGUUCUCAUCCAGCGGGCGAAGGAGGGGAGUAUGAAACUCUAACAUUAUCCACACCGUUGUUCUCACAUCGAGUGAAAUUAACCAAAACGAAAACGAUCGUGACUGAUCCAGAACCGUAUCCUGUCGCUUAUCUCAAGGUGGAGGAUGCAGAAUUAGAACCCAAGGAAGGUUGGGUGAAACCUACAGUCGAAGAAUUAAGGGAAAUGUUGGGUUUGGAUGAUGAGACACCAGGACAGGAAGGGGUGGAUGAAGAUGGGUUGGAAAUUUUGGAUGAGAUAAAGGGAAAUUUGAAUUUGGAGAGAUUGAACAUAAAUGAUGAGACACAGGAUAGGGGCAUUCACCAAAGUGGAGAAUCGUCUCAAGGGAAGAGCGAUGGAACGCCGAGAUUUGAGAGAAGAGGUAGAUGGUUCUGUGUUAGUGCUGAUGGGGUGACGAAAGAAGAUGAAGAUGUAGGUGAAGAGCUGAAAAUGUGCUUUGAUUCGAUAUCAAAUACCCUCAAAUCACAUAGUCUAUCCCUUCCCCUCCACUCAACUCACAUAACCCUCCUACUGUCAUCGAUGUCACUCUUCCUCCCUGCCAACGCAGCUUAUAAAACGUAUUUCGGAACUUCGCCACCUUCCAGAGCUACUGUGGCUGUACCACUACAGAACAAUAGAGUACGAAUCGAAGUUAUCGGAUUUGACGAUACACCCACGCUAUCUCCAUCUUCUUCGUCCUUGAAGUUGGUCGGAGAUAGGAAUGCCUUGCAUGUCCAGAGUUUAAGCUAUUGGGCACCAGCCAAUAUCGGACCGUACAGUCAGGCAGUCAUGGUAAAUCAACGUAUUCACCUAGCAGGUCAGAUACCCCUCUUACCCCCAUCCCUAACUUUACCUCUACCCCCAUCGAAAGGAUCGCCAUAUCCCCAUCAAGCAGUUUUGGCUUUACAGCACGUGGGUAAGAUCAUAGAUGUUUUGAAAAGUAGGAAUUAUACGGGUGGUGGAUGGAAGGGUUGGAUCGAAAGUUGUGUGGGGUGGUGGGCCCGACCUUCCUCUGGGGAUGAUGUUGGAGAUGGUGUGGGAGUGGUUAGGAAUGCUUGGAAAUUAUGGGUCGAGAAGACAUACUCGCAUCAACCACCAGUGAUAUUCGUCCAAGCUAAGGAAUUACCCAAAUCCGCUUUGGUAGAAUACCAAGUGAAUGUUCAUACAGGUCGAAAAGGUGUUGAUCCGCUACUUGAAACAUCAUCCAUUUCGAUACCUCAACAGUCAGAUUCAGAAGAAGACGAUGAUGAAGAUGAGGAUCUCAUUCUCUCAUACUGCUCUGGAUCCGAUGAGGAUCAGGAGGUAUGGUGGGAGAUGUAUGAAUGUUCGGGCAAGAACCAAGGUUCGAGAGCAGUCGUAUUCUCUCCGAGUAUCGAGUCUCUACUCAAGAUAUCUGAAUUGUCGGGGAUAAAGAAAGCAUUGGAGAAAGCUGUGACAGUUAGGAUAUACCAUUUACCUAACACCAGCGAUCAACUCAUGACGUUCACAUCUAUAUUGAAGUGUAAUUACACUCUGAUACCCGUGUAUAGUAUACAUGAUAAGAACGGUAAAGAAGCGAUGGUGGGAUUAGAGGUAUUUGGUAUAUAA